GCAUGUGCACUGUGGUUGCUGUCAUUUUACAAUACAGUAAUACACACGAGAAAUCGAUCGGCGAAGGAACAGAAACAAGGAAUAAUUAUUGUGAUCGUUAUGUGAUUUUUAGUUAAAUUUAAGUUCAGAAUAAAUUCUUCAUGAAAAUUUCGCACUUCUUUUGUGCCAAUGGUUGAGGUCUGGAUCGUAACAAAGCACUCGCCGGAGUAAUUUGCUGUCUUCUCGUGAGAUGCGAGACAGUUGCACGGUCUUGUAACAGCGUGGAAACAGAAAUGGACGUAGUUAUGCAAAAAGGAACCAACCCACAUGAAACCUAUUCUGAGUAUUUUGAAGUUAAAAGGGGCGCAGAUGACGGAGCGUCGCUGCCCCGCGGCGCGGUGGUCCCAGCGCAGCCUCGCCCCACGCCCCAGUAGCGGGCCCCCCGCGCGCCCCGCCGGCCCCGCGACCUCCUGACGCCGCCCGCCGCCGCCAUGGGCAGCGCGUCCUCCAAGUUCAAGAAGUACGUGCAGCACGGCGACGAGUUCGCGGCGAUGCAGAUAUUCCAGAGCACUCCAGAGCUGCGGAAGAACCUGGACCCCAACAUCAGCUACGGGGACAGCCACCACCACAACACGGCCCUGCACUACGCGGCCAAGCACGGCAUGAAGCACUUGCUGCGCACGUUCCUGAACGACCUGGGCGGCAACCCGAACAAGAAGAACGGCUGCAACGAGACGUCGCUGCACUGCGCGUGCCAGCUGACGCAGAAGUCGUUCUCGGCGGAGGAGCGGCGCGCUGCGUGCGUGACGCUGCUGCUGCAGUGGCGCGGCGUGCCGCUCAACUCGGGCGGCCGCGAGAAGAUCGACCUGCAGGCCCAGGACCAGAAGGGCGACACGGCGCUGCACUGCGCGGCCGUGUCGGGCAUGGAGCGCUGCGUGGAGCUGCUUCUGGCGCACGGCGCGCCUCUCUUCCUGGAGAACCACGACCGCCUCACGCCGUGCGACGCGGCCGUCAGGAGCGAUCACCACGGCAUCGCGCAGCUGCUCGAGUCCCGCAUGGUGUUUGCGGACGCCGGCGACGACACGGUGAACGAGGCGGAGCUGUACGGGCCCGAGGGCCCCGAGGAGGUGUACAGCGGGCUGCGCACCCAGGACCUGCAGGAAGCCAAGGACCAGCUUCUCGUGGAGACCUCCGACAUGCUGCACGUCCCGCUCUUCACCGCCGAGGCGCUGCUGCGAGACAACGAGUGGUCCCGGGAGACGCUGCUGGAGAAGUGGAUGAAGGACCCGGUGCAGUGCUGCCAACUGGCGGGCGUGCAGCCGCCCGCCUCCGCGCUGCAGCACCGCGGCAGCCCCAGGCCGCCGCGCGCCGCGCUCUUGGAGGACUCCCGGCCGCGCCAGGAUCCUGUCGGCCCGGAGGGCGGCCGCGCCAGCGACAUUUGCGAGAUCUGCAUGCUGGCGAUGCCGUGCUGGGACCGGCCGGUCAGCAUGUCGUGCAGCCACCAGUUCUGCACGUCCUGCUGGGAGAACUACCUGACGGUGAAGAUCCAGGACGGCGACGCGCACCACAUCCUGUGCCCCGCCUACCAGUGCCACAUCCUGGUGCCCGUCGAGGUAAUCGAGCGGCUGGUUAGCCCCGACAUGGCGCGCCGCUACCUCCAGUUCGACAUCAAGGCGUUCGUGGAGAGUAACCGCAGCAUCAAGUGGUGCCCGAUGCCGGGCUGCGGGCGCGCCGUGCGUCUGCCCGAGACGGAGCAGGCGCAGCCCGGCGACGCGCUGCACGGCAUCCCGACGGCCAGGCCUCCGCCCCUCACGUCCCACGCCGUCGACUGCGGCAACAGCCACUUCUUCUGCUGGGAGUGCCUGGGCGAGGCGCACGCGCCGUGCGGCUGCGCGCAGUGGCAGCAGUGGCAGCACAAGAUCUCCGAGGUGAAGCCGGAGGAGCUGAGGGCGUCGUGCGUGGAGACGGAGGACGCCGCCAACUGCCUGUGGCUCGUCACCAACUCCAAGCCGUGCCCCAACUGCAAGUCGCCCAUCCAGAAGAACGAGGGCUGCAACCACAUGAAGUGCUCCAAGUGCAAAUUCGACUUCUGCUGGGUGUGCCUGGAGAACUGGAAGAAGCACAGCUCGGCGACGGGCGGCUACUUCCGCUGCAACCGCUUUGAGGCCGUGCACAAGGCGGACGAGAAGCAGGGCAUGCUCAUCAGCGAGGCGGUGCAGCGGAACCAGCAGAUGCAGGAGCUGAACCGGUUCCUGCACUACUACACGCGGUUCCGUAACCACGAGAACAGCCAGAAGCUGGAGGAGCCCCUGCUGAACAACGCCCGCAAGAAGAUGGAGCUUCUCGCGUCGUCCUUCUGCCGCACCAACAAGGGGGAAGACAACACUGACAAAGGGACCAAGUUCGUGGAGGACAGCAUCCGAGAGCUGCUGAAGGCCCGCCGCGUGCUGUGCGGCUCGUACGUAUACGGCUACUACCUCGAGGACAACGGCUACAACAAGACCAUCUUCGAGUUCAUGCAGAACGAGCUGGAGGAGGUGACGGAGAAGCUGUCGGAGAUGGUGGCGCGGCCGUACCUGCGCACCCCGCGCCCCGUCAUCGUGCAGACGACAGCCCUGGCACGCCGCAAGAGGCACGAGUUCGUCCGCGCCGUGUCCAAGGGGCUCAUCCCGCCCGAGACGCCGCCCACGCUGCGCAAGGUGCGCAAGAGGAGGUUCCCGGGCCUCGUGGGCCUGGACCCCGUCGACGACGAGCAGAUCUCCCACGCCAUCGCAGCCUCGCUGAAGGACCUGGACAGCAACAACCCUUGGGUGAAGGAUGCCCAGGGCUGCCACACCAACCUGAGCGCGCUCUACGAUUGGCCGGACAAUGACUCGGACGAGGAGGAGUCGGAGGUGAACCGCGCCCUGGCGGUGAGCCUGGUGGGGGAGUGCAGCCGCGCGGGGUGCGCCCGUCCCCGGGCCCGGAACCCGCGCACGUCCGCCGUCCACGACUACUGCAGCCUGCGGUGCAGUCGCUCGGCCCGCGCGGGCGCCGGGGACGACGUGUACCGCGUGAACGUGACGGCGGACUACAACAUGGACCUGGUGAUCGCCCUGGAGAUGUCGCGCCUGCAGAUGAUAGAGGACGAGAUGAAGAAGAGGCAGAGGGCGGAGGAGGCGGGCAAGGAGCAGUCGUCUGCGGCGCCGGCCCCCGGCGUCGGAGUCUUGGACGACCAGCAGCUGAAGCUGGCCAUCCAGCUGUCCCUCCAGGAGUCCACGAAGAGGGUCGCGCUCCUGCAGUCGUCCCUCGCCGCGGGCAGCCUCUCGGACCAGGAGCCCCCGGGGGACUCGGGCAGCUCCGCCUACCACCGCACCAGCGCCGACCUCACCGUCGACUACUUCCUCAAGAGCCUGGCGGGGCGGCAGCUGGGCGGGGGAGGGGUGAACGUGUUCUCGCCGGAGGAGGCGGGGCGCGCGGUGUGGGGCUGCGGCCUGAGCAAGACCCUCGCCGACAAGGAGCCCAUCGGCUUCGAGGACGGCCGCUUCCAGAUCGGAGACCUCCACGAGAAUGGGCGCUUCAACGACCCGGGGGACUACGAGGAGGGGGACGCUCACCUGCUGCGACGCUCGCACUCGACGGGCGACCUGUGCACUCGGGGGCGGCAGGGGCGGGGCGAGGGGGCGGCCGGCGGCGACGAGUCGCGCUACCACCUGGACUCGGACCACAGCAGCCAGCACGAGGAGAAGCCGGAGGACGUGGUGAAGAGGCUGCUGGCGCUGCCCGCGUCCGGCCGGGGCAUGACGGGCCGGCAGUUCAUGCUGCUGCACCACAACAGCGGGGGCAGCAACAGCAACGCCGGCGGGGAGCUGUCCACCACCACCUCCGAGGACGGAGCCAGCCUCUACUUCGGGGGCCAGUCGUCCAUCGAGGACACCACCACCACCUCCGACUCCCUGAACGCAGACCUCGAGGUGUGCGGUAUCCUCGGCACCACCACGGAGGAUGAAGAAGAAGGCAGAUCGCUCGUGGACGACGACUUGAUCGCCGCUCGUUCCGUGAAAACAUUUCCGCCCGUUUUCCACAAAAGUGCUUUAGCGAUCAACGACACGAAAAAUUACAAUUUCGGUCAGGGUAAGACGAAGCAGGCUCACAAAGAUGGCCACGUACAAAAUGAUCAGGCUGCGAACGGUGCUAGCGUGGCAGUUUCGUCUCACGUGUCCGGCUCUGAGAAAUCGACGUUCUCGAACUCCCUUCUGGAAGCCCAUCGCAAGGCGUUCAAGGCGGCCGGCGGGAAGGCGCCGGGCUCGGGCGGGCUCAGGAUCCGCAUCUGCAAGUCCCCGAACUGCGGGUCGGGCGACGGCACCAAGCACCGCUGCCGCCGGCUGGAGACGGACAGCUCCAACGAGUACGAGUCGGAGACGGGCAUCCCCAAGUCGCCCACGCUGUACAUCAGCGGGGUGUCCAUCAGCCGGACGCCCGAGCCUCGGUCACCGGCGGUGGUCGCGGGCCGGCAGUCCCGGUCCUCCAGCCUCACGGUGCCCCCGCCCGCCCCCUCGCCCCCCGGCACCCCGGCCGCCACCCCGCCGCCUCUCGCGUCCCGCCCCGCCUCCCCCGCCCCCGCCCCCGCCGCCACCAAGGCCAAGUCGGCCAGCGAGCCGGAGCGCGAGCGCGAGAUGUUCCGCUUCCCCAAGUCGUCGACGGACGGGGCGCUGAGCUCGGUGCUUCACGUGCAGGAGAGCAACCUCAGCUCGGACGACUUCCACGAGGCCCUGUUCCUGCUGGAGCGCUCGCCCAAGGGCGGCUCGCGGCGUCGCAAGCGCUCCAAGAAGGAGCGCCACAAGGACAAGGAGAACAGCGGCGGCGGCAAGGAGGCCAGCUCCGCUCUGUGAGCGGACGUGUCCACAGCUUUUAUACUCUGACCCAGGGGCUCGUGCACAAACAGAGCUUUCAAACAACAUUUGUUUUUGAUGUCGGUGUUGUAAGAAUGAAUUCCGAAGCAACUAUGUAAGUUGUAGCUAUAUGUACUCAGUUUCUACAGUAGCAGAAUGGUUUAUUCCUGUAUCGUAAUGCUAAAUGACUUUUUAUUAUUAUCAUUCAUGUACUGCAUUAUCUGAGAAUGCUUAAACAUAAGGAUAAAGAGGAAAGGUUUUUUUUUUUUUGGAACUGCAAUAAUUUUGAAGUGAUUUUUUAUUUUGUGGUGUCACCAUUUAUAAUAGUUAUAAUAAUGCAAAUAUUCACAUAAACAUAACUGUCAUAAUUGGAUCUAAAACAUAAAACAAAGGUAAUGAAUCAAAGGCAUUUGGUGUUGAAACUGUCUGUCCGUGUUAUCUUCGGUAUAUUGGCAAGGUGAUUGUAAGUAACACGUGUGUGUAGUGUCUGUGUGUGUCAUUGUCGUUCAAAUUUGGCUGUCUUUGUCUUCCCCAUUUGACAUUACGUGCAACAAACAUAUUAAUUUAGUUGUCUUGCGGUGACACCUUCACAUACAUGCCGGGAAGCUGUUGUAUUCGAAAAGCCAAAGAAUGAUCUGUCACAGUGUUGUAGAGGUAAGUGACAGUUCUCAGUAGAUUGUUGAUGAUGUUAUGACUGUUGUCAGGUUUACUAAACAUUGUCUCAUUAUUAUAUACAGUUUUUUUUUGUCAUGGACCUUGAGGGAUAAUAGUUAGGAAGUCAGAAAAAAAUCACGUGACCGAAGUUUCUAAUUUUUUUUAUCUUUCUUGGCCUCUUAAGGCCUCACUCGCCACAUUGAUUUUGUAUUUCGUAAUUUUUUUUUUUUUUUUUUUCCAGUCAUUUGUUCUAAAAUUUUAACUCUGUACCUCCGUCGCAUUUGUUGUUCUGCUACAAAUAUUUUCAACAGAUAGUCACUAAUAUAAUGUAAAAGAAGUCAUGCAAGUAUUGAAAAUCUUCACCAAUUGCAUGACUUUUAACAGCCUUUUGAUUACUCUUAGAGAAUAUCUGUUGAAAAUAUUUGUGGCAAAACAACAAAAGCAAGGGCGGUAUCAAUUUGAAAUUGUAAAAAUAGCCCUCAGAAAAAAGGUAAUGAGUAAAAAGACAAAAAAAUAAUCAGCAUGGCGUGUGCAAGACAGUCUUAAGCUAUGUUUUACAGGAUUAAUUUGUUUUGGCUUGAGAUAAGCUUUUGUGAAUAGGCUGCCUUAAUUUAAGUUCAGGCAUGAAUUAUUAUUUUUUUAUUAAAAUUUUAUGUCAAGCAUGCAGCUAAAAGAGCAUGUGAAGUUAUCGGUGAACCUGUUCUAGUAUGCUAGUAAGUUAUUUUUUUCUCGUUAUUUUAGUGUAAAUAAAUGUGAUGCAUGUGCUAGUGGUUGCUUUAAUAAUAGAAAGUGUUAAUAUUCAUUGGUAUUUGCAGGUUUAGUAAAACCUUCCUUAUAAAGGAUUAGGUUAACUGGUUACUUGCUGUCAAGUAAAGUCAUGCGUUAUUGAGCGUGUUCGUAUCAACCUUACAGUUGGGUUACAAUUUUUAAAAAAGGGUUUUUAUCAAGUACCGUAUUCACUCGCGUAUAGGCCCCCUCCCCUUUUUUGGAGUCAAAAUUUGGGGAAAAUUUACGCGAGUAAAUACGGUAUUGGCCAGGCCGUAUUUGUUUUUACCUUGUUGGCCAAUAUUUUAUUAAUAUUUUUUGAGCAAAAACUGUGCACUGUAAUCAGUUGGAGAAAUUAUUUUCUUUGCUUAGAGCCACGACGAUGCAAACCGCCCUAAGCGAGGGUUUGAGUUUUCCAUUAUCUGAAAUUAGAACAGCAUCAACAAUUUUUUUACAGUUUGCUACUUCUCUCAGUAUGUAUUACCAGUAUUGAGCUACCUCUAUCAAACACAGUGAUUUAUCACACCCAGUCACUUAACUAACCAGCAGUUUUGCUAACCAAAAGGGAAAACUUUUAGACGAGUAUCAUGUUAAGUAGCGCAAGUCUUGCUUGCUGGAUUAAAGCAAGUAGUGAGUCAUCUACUUAACCACAUAGACAGUGUAGUUGUGUUAAGGAAAUAGUAGCUGGUAAAAUUACCCAGUGUAAUUGAGGUUCAAGCUCGUAAGUUGGUUGGUUUUUUUAUUUUUAUUAUUAAUAUUUCAGGUGUGGUGGGUUAUGGAAUCUGCCAUGCAAUUUUUUGCAUCUUCCUAUAUUUUACUAGUCGUUUGAUAAGACUGUCUCACUACAAAUAGUAAAGUUCUGAAUAGCUUUGCUUACAUGUGAAAUUCUAGUGCGAGCGGUGACCAAUAGAUAGGUAGUUUUAAUAACGUAGUAAUUCGUUUUUUAGAGUUGCAUUUAUUUGUAACUGGCAAAUUGUUAGCAGAAGAAUUGUUUUGCAGAAAUGAAGUUUUUCAAAAAUACAUAUUUUAGUAAGGGAAUUAUACAUAUGAUAAGAUGGUCAAUUUUGUGUGAGAGUGUUUAUUUCUAUAAUAAGGUAAGUUGUGGUUGAUGAGUCUUCUGUUCGUAAUGCUUCAAUUCAAGUCUCGUAGAAACAUAGAAUCAAAUUGAUUUUUAAAUAAUCUUUUAUUUUGUUAGAAUUCUGGAUAACUUAAAAGUUUCAAACUGAACCAAGGUGCAAAUCUAUUGUUGACUGAUUAUUUUUAAAAUGUAAUUUUAAGGUGUAUAUUCAUGUUAUUUCUUUGAGAAACGUUGCAUGUAAAGGGAACAACAGGUGUUUAGGAACCUACGUAAAGUUUAUAGUGAGUGAAAUUUAAAAUGUAUAUUAAUUAUUAGUGUGCUAAAUAUCAUAAAAUGUUUACCAUUAAUGGAAUAUUAUAUAAAAUUUAUAUUGCAUUUUAAAGUUGUAGCCUGUUAAAAGUUGUAAAUAUGAAAUGUGUUCACUUUUAAUCAGUUGUUGGUUGUAGUUUCCUUUUUUUUUUUUUUUUUUUUUUAUCAUUUCUUUUCUCUCUCUCUCUGCAAUUUUCUUUCCUUUUAAACAUAAAUACUUAUAUAUUUUAAACAGUUAUUUCUUUGUAUCAGUUUGGAAAAAAAUGUCUUGGAAUAAAUUGGUACAUUUGAAAGCCAUGCUACAGUCACAAUAACAAAGUAGUGUUAGUAUAAGGUAGAACGUGUUCUUCUUCAAGGCACUUGCUACAUCGUCAUGACACUAGGGCUUCCUACUCACAGCAAGUACCUGUGCGAAUCAACAUUUCUAAAUCUAUUUUAGCCAGUGACACGCUACAUUUGUUUACUGUGUUUGUCAUUUGACGUCAUCACCAAGUAAAAGCAAGCAAUAACUGGACUGCGGUUAACAUUAAAUUUCGCUCUAUAAUGUGUUGUUUGGUGAUAGUUUUAUAGCAGGAAAAAAAAAAUAACAUCGAUGUUAAUAAUAAUUUUGGUGGUUAUUUUGUAGUUCCGUUUUCCAGCAUUAUAUAAACUAAAUUGUUAAUCUGGUUAUCCUACAGGGAGACAGUCAAAUACAUGUUUUAAACACAGAUUGUCUUUAUUUUGCAUUCAUAUCUGAUUGGUCGUAUAAUGACUUCGUUAUUGCAGUCGUCAUUUGUUGAUAGGUUAUAAUCUGUGCAGCAGUGCUAUUGCGAUUGUAGCACACUGCCAUCUUGUUCUGUCCGUGGUUGCCGGCACAUUUCACGCACACGCUGCCGAGUGAACUGAGAACAUGUUUGUGUGAGUUGUUGGGAGUUUUUCUUUGGAACUAGCAAAGGCACAAAUCACUUCCCUCCUGCUGCAGUCGCUGUGUGGUUUAUUGUUUUCCGUUUGGAGGGUUUGUGUUGCGUUCAUUUUGCGGUGGGGCGUCGGAGACCAUCACAUAUAUCAUGUAAUUACAAGAAACAGUGGAUUAUUCUUUUGACAUUUCAAAUUGAUUUCUUUUUCUUGAAAUAAUUUAAAAAUAAAGUUCCAAGUAUCUUUUUCAAUUGUAAAAAGAUCAGAAAGUGAAAGUAGGAAGUAUGUUGUAUGUUGAUAUUUUUAAAUGAAUGCAGCUAUGACAGUUCGAAAUGUAAGUAAAAAGCGAGAGACAAAAACAAUAGGCACAUGCUUGCAUUGUGUUCCUUGUGUGGCAUGUGAACAUGUGUGUCAGUAUUCAGAUAUUUUUAUUGCAUGGUUAAUGAAUUGGCUCUUGAGAUUAACAAUACAUUUCAGUGGCAUCAUAUAUUUUGGUUUGUUAUGUCUAUUUUUGCAAUAUAUAUUAUUUUUUCAAUAGAAAAAAAAGUACUGAAACUAUCUAUUCAAAGAAUAGUCUUCCUUGUAAGGUUGUAGAUGGCAGUAUAUAGUAACAUGAUUCUUCCCUGUCAGACACUUCAACAAAAAAAAAAAAACAAGAGUAUGUUGCCUUCCGUUCUCUUCUGCACAGUUAAAUUGUGCUGUGUCAAAUGGGCAUGACGUUUGUUCAUUGAUGCAGUCGCUAGGAGGCAGAGUGGAGGAUUGUUAGGGAUUUUCCAAAAUGAGAGAUUUGUGUAAUUUGUUAUAGCUAUUUAGUUUUUGUAUUAGCUUUUAUUUCUUAUUGGAUUGUACACAAAACAUGAAAUUGAACUAAAAUGUACUGCAGUAGACUUCCAGUGGUACAGCAUCCAACGGUCCGGAAUGCCUGAUGGUCUGGCGUUAGCGAGGAUUGUACGAACGCGAGAGAUCAGACCGCGAUGCGCGCCAGGUUCGGAGUUGGCCGGUUCCCCCGCACGGCCACUGACGUCACGCGUCGUCCUUUGACAUGAGGCAUGCCACGCGUGCCAGGCCGGAUUACUACACUCCCUCCCCCCGCCCCGGGCUAUCGUCACCCUUAGCGGCCUGGAGGCUGUCGCGAGGAGUGGCGUGAACAAUCAUCGCUGUUCUGGGUGUUUCGGGCGUUGGGUCGGCCCGGGAUGACGCGACACGUCAAAACCACUCGUCCCUUCGAGAAGGACUCCACGGGUAUAUAAGCGACGACGGCGGACUCCGCGGGAGUUCCGAGGGUUCAGAGAAUUCUAGAUCAGAGGGGAGACUUCUCGGAGUGAUAAUGGCGAUACCCGUGCGACUUACGUCACUUUUGACAUAAUUAUUUCUGGUUAAUAUAGCUUUUAAAAAAGCAAUCAAAAAUGGGUUUUAUAAAUGAAGUUUUAAUUGAACUAUAGCUUAAAUAUUGUUCAACAUAUUCAAUUUGGACACUAAUUAACUCCUGGUAAAACUAUCCAUUAACAAUUGGUCUUGUGCAAUUGUUUCGAAUCGCAGACUUAAUCGCACUUUGACUGACGUGUGGCAUGGCCUGUUAAUGUGACGGUAUUCAAAUGAGAACAAGUACUGACGUAUUGCUGUGAACCCAGCCAGAGUCUGUUCAGAAGUUACUGGAAUGAAACUCAAAAACACAACCUAGUAUUUAUUAAGAAAACUCCUGACCUGUUUUACAAGUUUGUAUUGUAUAUUGUGCUGUGCUUUUCAUUUUAAGAUGAUAUUUGUAAUCAAAGGUAAGUAAUACAAUAAUUUUAUGCACGUUAAUAAGAUCUGAGCUGCUAAUUGUCUUACAUGACAGGUCGUCUAAUGUGAUGUAUUUAUGUCAUAAUAGUGUCUGUUAUUUAAUGGAGGACAGGAAAGUUUUUUUUAUAAUAAAUGUACUAGCUUGAGCUGGUUUUGUAUUCUUGUAAAAUGGUCUCAUUUUUGUGUUACUGUAUUUAAAAGCAAUGUAUGUAAAUUUUUUUUUGUUUGUCACUGCUGGUCCAUAAGUUUUGAGACAUGGGCCCUUCCUUUCAUGUUUCUGCACAAGGGCCCACCCUGCAAUAUAACCUCCCACCAUCUUCAUCUUUUCUCCCUCUUCGUCACAGCUGUCCAGUCAUAGACUCCUAUCUGAGAGCAAGUAAGCUAAAUAUACAGUAUGUCCAUAAAAGAAUGUCCCUGUUAUAAAUUUUUAAUAGUAUCAACUGUAAGCGUUGUAACGCACAUGGCGACUACUGAGCGUAAAGCGUUUUGUGUUCUGCAAUUUGCUAAGCGUGAAUCUGUAAUUUCAGUUCAACGUGCGUUUCAUUGAAAGUUUCAAUUGUGAUCCCCCACAUGUGGCAAAAACCAUCCGCCGAUGGUAUAGUCAAUUCCAGACAACAGGGCUCUCUUUCGCUGGCCUCCGCGUUCAACCGACAUUAACGCUAUGCAAUUAUUUUCCUUUGGGGCUUUAUGAAAGAUUGUAUCUACGUUCCACCGUUACCUAAUGUUUUGCCAGAGUUGAAACACAGAAUUGAAAAGACUGUUGCUUCCAUUACUCCGGUCAUGUUAACCAAAGUGUGGGAAGAAUUGGACUUUAGUUUGGAUGUGUGCUGUGCACAUGUUAAACAUUUGUAAUAAAACCUAGGUUAGUUUACUUUUGAUUAGAUAUAUGAUUGGUUGUAAAGAGUUUGAAAUAAACUGUUCUAAUAUACCAUUGAAACUAGGACAUUUUUUUAUGGACAUCCAGUAUAGUUUUUCUUCAUAGAUUCUCAACUCACAUUUUUCCUUCAUAAACUGCCAUCCAGAUUCCUUAAACCACAGAUUGUACCUCUCGUCUUAUAUGAAGCUGCAGAUAUACUAUACAAAUUUUUGAUAAUGAAAAACUGACUGUCUUGUAUGCCUGAAACUACUGGGUAUUUGUUACAAGCAAAGCAACCGGAUGAUCUCUUAAUCUCGUAAGUUGCAAGAGUGUUUUGUUGGUGUAUUGUAUUUCAAGUUUGAUUUGCCAUUUCAGAAGUUGGCAGAUGGUCUUUAAUUGAAAGUGUAAAGUGACAAGUCUGAUAUUACAAAUAUUUGUUUAAAUCCCUAAUUUUUAAAAAAUAAUAAUAUUGUUUUGUACUAGUUCUGAAAUUGGAGAUAAGCUGGGAGCAAAUUUAUAUAUUUUUAGUAUAUCUUGUCUUUUAGCGUGUCUGUGCGCUAACAGACUGAAUCGGGGGCCAGAACUUAAUAUCACGAUAUCAGUUACUGAUGAAUGAUUCAGCAUUAACUGUGGAUUGACAUUAUGUAAUGUGUCUGUUUUACGUCAUUGUCGCAUUAAGUUUUCCCCGAACUAGUUGAGAUGUUUGAAGAAGUACUGCCAUGUUCACCGUACUGUCGAAGCCAGCAAGGGCCUAACCACUUGCACAGCUGGCUGCAAACGGGCCAACUUGCAAAAUGCACAAAUUAAAAUGGUAUGUACAAUAUUCUAAAGUUUUGAAUUUGAGAUUUUUACAUCAGACAUAUUUUAAACUACCAUAGUAAGCUUGAUGGACAAAAGUACUGUUUUUGUCGUCGUUUGUGUAUCGCUCUUCUUCCAAACUUUUAUUCCAACCAAAAAAAAAAACUAGAUUGUGUUUUGAGACAUAUUGGUGUUGUGACUCAAAGUAAGGAUAGAAAAAAAAAAGUGGAUAUGAGUGUUAGAUGUUGAAAUGUUUAGAAUCAAAGUAGAGAUCUCGUAGUUUAAGUGUUGGUUGUACAAAUACUUUACUGAGAAUGCUUUUAUAUGUCCUUGUAACAGAACAAGUAGUUCUAUGUGACACUUUUCAAGUAAAGUUAAUAAUUUUUUUUAACUGAAUGUCUUCUACAGUGACUGUCUCAAGUUGUGGUUGCCAUCAAUAUUUGUAUGGUGGACUAUGACAGUAGGCAGCGAAACAUAUGGCUGAGACAUUUCAACCAACAUGGUACCAGAAACAACAGAAGAAUCAUUGUUACCAUUUAUUUUAUUAUUUUUUCAUUAAAAGAUUUUUGUUUGGCUAUAUUUACAGUGCCUAUUAAAGUUCUCCAACUGUUGGUGGGCAUGCCCCAAAUAUAAUAAAUAAAUUAAUAAAUGUCUGGGAACUGGCAAAUAUAAAAGUACUGCUAACCAUCCGCUAACCACCAAUAAAGAGUUUGGAAUUUAAAAGUACAUACAGAUAUGUAGAUGUAUAAAUGUGUGUGUGUGUGUGGACACACGUACACCUACGGUAAGCAGGAAUAUCUGGUAUUUGCAGUAAAUUGUGAUCUGCGAUCGUAUCAUUGAACUGUUGUCAUAUAGUGAUAAAGCAUUGAAGUACUACAAUGUUUCAUGUAAUAAACUCAUGCGUGAAAUUAAAAUAAUUAUUUUAUGGAAGUGAAAAUUUUGAGUCGCUCUCUAAUUUUAGUUUGUACCUCACAUCGUACAAAGUUAAAGCAGUUGCUGUGUUGCUGGAUGGUACGUCCAUUGUGAUGUGCGGAGAUCCGCACUUCAGUCACCGUCUUUCUUGUAUUUCAUUCUUCCCAAUUUUUUUUCUUCAAUAAUUUUAAUAUUUAACUCUUUUUCUUGCAUUUUAUUAACACAUUAAUUCUGUGAUAGGCCCUCCUGUUUACGAAAUAAAGAUUUAGGGCUUUUUCUAACAAGUGUUUUACGAAGCACUUUUGAUCAUGUGAUUUUUGCAAUUCUUAAUAAUAAUAAUAAUAAUGUCUCUAACUCUCACCACUUGGAAUGCAGAAUUAUUUUGAAACUUUUGAAUUCCACACUCUUUCACUUAACUGUUUUAAAAGUUUAAUAGUGCAUAUAUAACAUGUGUCAUAAUUAUUGAUAAAACAUUUCACGGAGGCUGAUUUUUUCAUAGGUUGACAAUAGCGAGGGUACAUCGUAAAAGCAAACACAUUCACAAAUCUUAUAAAUUCAAUCAUCAUAGAAUUUGGUUACGGGCUGAAUGUUUUAUGCCUCUGUAUUGGCAACAUAAUUCGUGUUGAUAACACAUUAUUUUUUUUUAAAGAAAAUUGUGUACCAUUGUGGUGGUUAUGUCUACAGCCAACACACAUUAACUGUUACGAUGUGUUAAACCUUGUUAUGGAUGCUGACAACGUAGAGGUCAGAAAGGCUGUGUUGGGAUGUGUGCUACGGGGACUGUGAUGUUGUCUGCUGUCGGCUCCGCUUUGCGGCGUCGGCAAUCUUUAAGGUUAUGCCUUAUGCCUUCACAUAAUGAGGACCCUGGCUGCUGUCCGGAAAAAAAUAAUUGUUUCAGCAUUUAUCAACUUAGUGAACAGUAUGCACGAGCCAUAAGCAAGCGAAACCAGUUGCAAAAUCGGAAGUGUGAUUGGACGCUUCAGAAGCGUGAUGUAUUUAUCAUCUUAAGAGUGAUGUAUUUAAGAAUCUUGAGCUCAUGGCACUGUUACAUAAUACAGGCCGUCCACACACAUCUGUAUUAAAAUUUCUCUUACAUUUCCCUGACAAAAAUUAAUUACCCUAACUACUUUUUUUUUUUUUUAGUGAAACUUAUGUGGGCGCGAUGAGAGUAAAAUUUCAAGGCUUUAUUUUAACGCAACUUUUUCGUGAAACAUUGUUGUGUAAACGUUUCUGAUGCGAAAAGGACAGAGAAUAGGUUCUUGGCCAGAGAGAUAUAAAGAGAGCACUUUGCUUUAUAUGUUGCUGGGCUCGUUUUCAUUCUCCUCUUUGUGCAAUGAUUCGUCCCACACCAAAAAAAAAAAAAAAUAGUACUGAGAGGAUAGAUGAACGAAAGAAUAAGACAAAGGGACCAGUGCCCUCAUUCUGGGUUUUAUGUAGAUAGGUUAUAGAGUCUGUGCAAUUUUCAUUCGAGUGAAAUACAGUAAAACCCAGAGAAGAGACGUAGAGGGAUUAGUUUUCCAAGUUUUGCUUCAAAGUCACACUGGGUGAAGGCUGGGGAUUCCUUCCUAAAUGUUCAAACUUGUACAGAUAGUACCUGUCAAAAGUUGAGGUCCAUGACAAAAUUGUGCAGAAUGUUCCUCUACAUAAAAAUUUAUUGUAAUUUUUUUCAAUACAUUCUUUCUGCCUUUUUUUUCUUCAUCAAAACAAUUUUAUAUAGAUUAAAAUUAUUGAAAUUUAUUUAUUAGCUUACAACUUACAAAUUAUGAAAUUUUACUGGUGUGAAAAAAAAAAAGUAGAAUUUUGGUGAAUGUUAUGUGGAACAAUAUUAAGACACAAUUUUUCUUGUAUCUUAAUGUUAUAUAUAUUUUUUAUUUAAAUUACCUUUAGAUAUGUGCUUAAUAAAAACUAAAAGAAGGGGGAGGGGGGGUAAUGCAUACUUUUUUUUUUUAAAUUCUGCAAUAAAUGUUUUAAGAAAAUUUGUAUGAAAUUAUAAAAUAACACUUUGUGUACUACUAUUAUAACUUUUGUUGUGAGGCUAUAAGUUAUUAUUAUUGUAUUUCCAGCUCAAGAGAGCACAUUCUUGCUUAAUUAGUUUGUAUAAAAGAUACAUAUUUUACAGUCUGGGUGGAUUUAAGGCUGAAUCUUCUUUAAAAGUCUAUCUCAUAAUUAUUUUAAAAAAAGCUGUUUGCAAUUUACACACUCAAAGGUACAUAAUAAGAGGCAUAUAAAAAUAUAUAUAUAUAACAUUAAGAUACUAGAAAAAAUGUGUGUAAUAAUAUGUUUUUACAUGACAAGAUGCACCAAAAUUCUACUUUUAAACCUGUAAAAUUUCAUAAUUUUUAAGAUAAUAAAGUGAUACCUGUAAUUAAAAUAUAUAAAUUUUUUUUUAUGAAAUUAAAAUGGUGAAAAAUUGUUUUGCUAAAGAUUGCACCAAAUGUCUGUCUGAUACAUAGGAACAUUUUGUAUGAAUUUCGUAAUGGUCCUAAACUUUUGACGGGUACUGUACAGUGUUGUCCGUCUCUGACGAUGUUGAUGGAAAUGUAAAAUAAAAAAAAUACUAAUUAUGAUGAUGAAGCCCGAGGGAUGCGAGGUGUUUGAACAGAGAUGCGACAUGGGUCAGAGCACUAGGCCCACCCGGGGACUCUGGUUCAGUUGCCGGCGGGCGGAGUGUCUGCGAGCAGGAAUCGGGGCAGACGCUACGGGUACACCACAGCCUGCUUAUCACUCGCCUUCGUCCCUAGUGGCCCCAGCCCCGAUUCCGUUGUUCAUUCUUCUUGCCAACUGACGAGCGCUUGCAGCUCCGCGAAGUCGCCACGUUUUUGUGGUUGUCGUCGCCCGUUUUGUCUGCGCGCUGCCACCAGGAAAGUCUUCAAAUGCUUGCUCACUCAACACUUAAGUAAAAAAAAAAAAAAUUACUGAUUGUACGAGUGAGUUCUCGCACACCCGCAAGUUUGUGACACAGGUUCAGCUGCAUGCUUUGCAAAUGCGUACGUAACGCAGUACGUAGUUGUGAGGUUCAGCUACCUUACGAUGUUUGCGGCACAGUACUCGAUACUGUUCCGCUUUCCCCAUCGCAGUCCUCGUAGCACGAUACAUCCGGAUGACUGUUAAAAUAUCUUAGUUGCGUAUGUUAGUAUACCUUUUGUGUAUUUUUAAAGUGGACCGAAAAUAUGAAUUAAUAAAAAUUUUGAAAAAUGUAA